AUGGAAUCCGAGAUUAACUUUCUUAGACAGGAGAACGCCAGACUUAUAGCUAAGAUUACCGGGCUUGAGGUCGAGAAUGCUGAUGUUAAGACCAAGUACGAUGAUGCUAUAAAUGAAAUUACGAAGCUAAAGGCUGAGCUCAAGAAUAGAAUCGGGGAGCUAGAGAAGGUGAAACUAAGGGACGAUAAUGGAGAGAGCAAACAGCAAACCCAAGAUAUUUCUUCCAGGGAAGUUAUUAAUAUACCUAGCUCUGUUGUGGACCAGCUUAAUAAUGUUUCUGAAGUUUCAUCCAAAUCUAAAAUCCAGUUUUCUUACACGAGUAAGCAGAAGAUAUUGGCGGAUAAAGAGACAGAUGCUUUCUUGAAUGAGGUACAUAAGAAAAGGGUUAGUAAUGAGAUUAGACAGAGGAAUAGGAAGGAAAAACUUCAGUAUAAAUCGUCUAGCCAGGAGGCACACUCGAUUUUCCAGAAUACUAUAUCUACUACAUCUACUACUUCCCAUGAGCGGAAAAAUGAACAGAGCUUGAUUUGA